AAGGUCUAUUAAGAGAACUGGCUAUAUCGCGGCCAGUCAGCCUUGCUGCCAAUUCGCCCGGGUGACCAACUGCAGUCGAUGAUGGACAGUAAAUAUGUACAAUUACUUAAGUACAAUUUUGAGAUUUAUCUUGUGACCCUUUGGAGGGGCCCUUCCCCUAGGCUGGGAUCCACUGGCUCUGCAAACAACUGUAAACGAGAUCGACACGGUGCAGACGCCAAUCAAACGGUCCCUACUGGCUCUCAAUCUCCCAGCCUUCCUGCCCCGGGCUCUGGAGAUGGAGAAAGGCCAUCCUGGGGUCACAACGCUCUGUGUUCUCAUUCAGAGAAACCCCACUGCUGUUCUUUUCUCAUUACCCCCCUUUCACAACAGCACGCCUCAGCCUCAGGUCAGAGGUCAGAUGUCAUCAUCCCCUUUUCUACUCCCUUUUCUGCUAAUCCAACUCAGACAUCAAUUUUGGACUGCUUCACUCCUAUUUCCCUGCAAGACCUCGUUGAUCUGGUGGGCAGUAUGAAACCUUCCUCAAGCCCUGUAGACAUUUUACCAACUUCCAUGCUCAAAAACGUACUUGGGUCUAUUGGUCCAUGCCUGAUGUCUAUUAUAAAUAGCUUCCUGCAAUCUGGUUGUGUCCCAGCUUAUUUUAAAACUGCAGUUGUUCUGCCUCUUCGGAAAAAAACUAACCUUGAUCCACCCCUUCCCAAAAACUAGAGGCCUAUAUAUAUAAGCUGCCUUUUAUUAAAACAUUUUCUUGACUGCACAACAAUUUAGAUAAAUUCUAAUGUGGUUUCUGUCAGAAGCAUUCCACAGAAACAGCUCUUCUCAGGGUCUCCAAUGACAUAAUGAUGUCUUCUGUUGUGGGUGAAUGCUCUGUUUUGGUGCUGCUGGAUACUGUAGAUCACAGUAUCCUGAUUGAAAGGCUUAGGAAGUGGUUAGGUGUCUCUGAGAGCACCCUGGACUGCUUCUCCUCCUCUCCUCCUCUCGGAUAGGAGUUUUUCCUGUGUCGCUUGGUCCUUACAGGUUUGAAACUGAUGCUCUUUCCUGUGGUGUCGCCCAGGGUUCUGUCUUGGCCCUUAUAUUAUUUUCUUCGAAUAUGCUCCCCUUAGGUCAUAUCAUUAGCACAUUUAAAGGUAUCUCUUAUCACUGUUACGCUGAUGAUAUCCAGCUGUAUGUCUUUUUUAAGCCUGAUGAGACUGACAGACUGACCGCACAUGUCUGACUGCCAUUAAGGACUGGAUGGAACAUUUUUUUAUAGCUCAACACAGAUAAGACUGAGGUCCUUAUUGUUGCUUCAGAUAGCUUAGCUUCCAAGGUUGCUCAGUGUAUUGGGUCCCUUUCUUUAGCUGUACAGUCUAAUCUUAGAAAUCUCUGUGUUGUAUGGGAUCAGACUAUGUAUUUUGACAAACACAUCAAAUCAAUGACCUGUACACGUUUUUUCCAUUUAAGAAAUAUUGCAAACUCAGGGCUGUUUUAUCACAACCUGAGCUAGAGAUGAUCAUUCAGGCUUUUAUAUCAUCCCGGCUAGACUACUGCAAUUCCCUUUUCACCUGCCUCAGCAAGUCGUCACUUCACCAUCUACAAAUGGUCCAGAACGCUGCUGCAUGACUGUCGACCAGGUUCAGCAGGUCGACUCACAUCACACGCAUCCUGUCGUCUUUACAUUGGCUUACCAUCAGGUUCAGGAUUCAUUUUAAGGUUCUUGUUUUCACAUAUAGAGCCCUGCAUGGUCAGAGUACAUCUCUGA